ACCGGAAGUUGUAGCGUGUGGAAAGGAAAGUGGAACAAACGCAAACGGAAUCACCAUGGACACACGAGGGCUCCGGUCUCAGAUGAAAGACAGUGUCCCUGUGGCGGGGCUGUGUCCUCAAGGAGCCUACGGGCUGCAGGACUCACUCCGGAGCGGUUUCACCAGUGUCAAGAAUGAACUGCUCCCCAGCCAUCCUCUAGAACUGUCAGAAAAGAAUCACCAGCUAAACAAGGACAAGAUGAAUUUAUCCACACUCCGAAACAUCCAGGGUCUUCACGCGCCGCUCAAACUGCAGAUGGAGUACAGAGCAGCUCGACAGAUUCAGCGCCUGCCGUUCUUACCCAGUUCAAACCUGGCUCUCGACACGCUGCGAGGGAGUGAUGACACAAUUGGCUUUGAAGACGUCCUCAACGAUCCGGCUCAGAGUGAACUCAUGGGAGAGCCACAUCUCAUGGUCGAAUACAAACUUGGAUUGCUGUAAAUUUCCUUGUCUUUUUGUGUGCACAAUGUUUCAAGGGUCCAGAGAAGAAAGUACAAGUUGGUUGUAGUGGGACAGUUUAAAAGCUGCAUGUGUGGGUGGUAUUUCUUAAUAAAUACUGAACUUG